UGCGGGAAUUCACAUACUGAUUUGCGGAUGUGCACAUUUUGUCCUUACUUCACAUUUUUGAUAUUUGCAACUUAUUCACUGCAACAACUGUAGCAAAAAUUUAAGGGUAUAAGUUUCUUAAUUUGUUAUCUGUAGAAUGUGAUUUGUGCACAAAUGCAGAGGUGCAAUUAAGAAUUUGAGAAGGUGCAACUACUGUGUUUGUGGGAGAGAAAAAAAUCUAUAAGUAUGCAAAUCCUAGUAUUUUUCUGUGUUAAAUUUACUGAUCCAUGCGUGGCCCUUUUGUUCAACUACAAAUUCCACUGUCACAGGUGCCAGUUGUUUUGCUCCAAUAAAACCUUCAUAGUCGAAUAAGUUACAAGCAAGUUUGGUCACAAAUCUCAUGGUUGGUAAGCUAGCUGUCCAUGUGCAAAGAUCUAUUAUCUUAGCCACUGAACGAAACUUACAUUAACGCAACAAUUUGUUUUAUGCUAUAAAACACUGUUCCCUUUCUAUUGUAGUUAGCUGAUUGGCUAGUUAGCUAAUGUUCUAACAUAGCAAUGGAUGUCGCUUUUGAUGGCAACCUAGGAUGAUGCCAGCCAACGUCUGACGAUUAUCUGAAAAGUUAAAAGCAGAAAGCCAUGCUUAAAAAGUUAGCAUUAGGUUAACAUUUAAUGCUAAGGCACCCUGCUUACAUUUAACAGGGUAAACAUAAGACAUCUCAUUUCUUAGUUUAGCACAUCUAAAGACUAUUUAAUAGGCUAUACCUUUUCUAGAUACAAGCAUCAUCAGUGACUGUGGUUAAAGCAUACUGUUACAUUUAAUUGCUAGGAGCUUGCCAUAGCUUAUAAUACAUCUUAAACCCUAAUAUUUCUGGAAGCCUCGAAAUCCUUUUAUCACAGCUAUGCAACAACUUAUUUUGAAAUGUGACGGAAAGCCUUCACCCCAUCUAAAACACAUACAUACCCUGCACAGACACCCAGUCACCUCUGAUAGCAGUGUAGAGGCUGGUAGGCAGCUGUUCAGUACUGCUGUGCUCAGUUUCAAAUAUGGGCAGGGUAAAAAUGGCAACCUUUGACGUGACACCAAUAGCUGCUAAAAACAGAACUGACAGCAGCGAGAUAGGAGCCCACACCCACCAGGACAAGAACAGCAGGCCUACUCCUCAGCCUGACACGGCCCACUGUAGGUUGCUUUCAAAGAAGGACUCUUUACUAACGUUACCAGUUUUAGUGUUCUUAUCUAAUUAAGUUUUGGUAGUGUUUUAGGUCUUGCUUAAAGUGUUUGUCAAAAAUGAAUACCAUGGACAACUUGGAGAAACAGCUGAUUUGUCCCAUAUGCCUGGAAAUGUUUACAAAGCCUGUGGUUAUCCUACCCUGCCAGCACAACCUCUGCAGAAAAUGUGCCAAUGAUAUUUUCCAGGCAUCAAAUCCAUACCUUCCAACAAGAGGAGGCUCAUUGACAUCUGGUGGCCGCUUCCGAUGCCCGUCCUGCAGACACGAGGUGGUUCUAGACAGACAUGGUGUGUACGGGCUGCAGAGGAACCUGCUGGUUGAGAACAUCAUUGACAUGUUCAAGCAGGAGUCCAGCAGCAAGCCAGCGCCAGAGAGAAAGGAAGAAACACCCAUGUGUGAUGUUCAUGAGGACGAAAAGAUCAACAUCUACUGUGUGACCCAUGGUGUGCCCACAUGCUCUAUGUGUAAGGUAUUCGGAGCUCACAAAGACUGCGAGGUGGCAGCCAUCACCAGCAUCUACCAGACAAAGAAGACAGAGCUGAGUGACGGGAUCGCCAUGAUGGUUGGUAACAACGACAGGAUGCAAGGCAUCGUUAGUCAGCUCGAGGAAGCCUGUCGUGUCAUAGAGGAGAAUGGUCGGAGGCAGAAGACGCUAGUGUGUGAGAAGUUUGACCAGCUGUACUCCAUCCUGGAGGAUAAGAAGAGGCAGAUGAGCCAGAAGGUGACGGCCGAACAGGAAGAGAAGGUGAACUAUGUCCGAGGCCUGACCCGGCAGUACGGAGACCAUCUGGAGGAGAGCUGUAAGAUUGUGGAGAAGGGGAUCCAGACUAUGGAGGAACCGGAAAUGGCUUUAUUUCUACAGAACGCAAGGCCUCUCCUGAAAAAGAUUGCUGAAGCAUCCAGCACAGCACACUUGGAAAAAGUUGAGCGCGGCUAUGAGAAUAUGGAUCAUUACAACAUCGAGUUCAAGAAAGAGUGCAAGGCCCUGCGCAGCAUUGACUUCAUCCAAGAUGAUGAAGACGAGGAUGAAGAGGAUGAGGAUGGAGAAGCAGGCGCUGAGGAAGAAGAUGUGGCCCAGACUGUUUUGGGAGGCACUGUCUCUAUCCAACCUUCUGCCCCCCAGCAGAUUAACUCAUCCCCAAGCGCAGUCAAGAGUGUUGCCUCGACCUAGCUGUCAACCACUGGCCCCAGCCAACACCCAAACCUGGAGCAGGAUAGGUUUUGCUCCUAGAUGUUGAUUUCAGGUCAGUUGUGAUACUUUUUCUCCCAGAUCGGGGAACAGAUAGACGGAUUUAGAUCUGGGCCAAAGGGAAAGUCGGAGUUGCUGAGGUAGAUCUAAAGGAAGACAGAAGUUUAAAUUCUCUUCUCUCUCUUUCGUUGUGAUUGUGUAUCACUGCAUACUGACUGAUCUUUUUUUGUGUCUGAUAAAAUACACAUUCUGGUUCCUCCUUUAGUUGUUUUUUUUAACAUACAUAAAGACAGACAGGUUAUGGGUGUCUAUUGGUUAUUUCCAGAAUUCAGAGUUGCUCACAGAUUUUUAUGUAACUGACCUUUUGCGACUCACUGCUUAAACUACUAUCAUUAGGAAGCAUGAAAAGAGGCCAUCAGUUUUCCUCCCUGUCGUAUACUUUUUUAUGACCAAUAUAACUUUAUGAGUAGGGUAGUAGAGUAAAAAACUAUCACUGUGACAUUUCAGUAUUUCAUUCACCCAGCAGCCUGUAUUAUAUGUUGUGUUCUUUGUUGUGUAACACAGGUAUAUUUUCCUAUUAUGGACAAAACAUCACAUUUUGCCAUAUUGUGGUAUAUUAUACAUUAUGUGUCAUUAAAACAGAAUUGCACAAAUAAGUCUUGGUUGAUACCAGAUUAACUAAAAAUACAGCUUUUCUUUAGUUUCAUUUUACUACCACAUUUGUCGCUGUACAUCAGGUUUACGCCUGGACUGAAUUACCAAUGAAAUUAUGUGUAACACCCUA